GAUAUAUUUGAGAGAGGCGCUACUGAAGUAGUUUUAUUGUAGGAAUCCCUUCCUUUUCUCACAGUUUCUGAUACACCAUUUUGGGGAGGUUUUCGGUGUUGUAAUCCUUGUAGCAUGUUUUACACUCAGGCUUCAAAAUUGUUUACAACCUGAUGGCAUGUUUUUGUUUUAGAAGACAUUCUAAAAUCAUUUUAGUAUCAUGGGCAAGGCUGUUUACCUGUUAACCUUGGAGAGUAACAGUACACAAACAUAGUCCUUUUUUUUUUUUUUUGAGACAGAGUCUGGCUCUGCUGCCCGUGAUGGAGUGCAGUGGAAUGAUCUUGGCUCACUGGUUCAAGCCUCCCGGGUUCAAGCAGUUCUCCUGCCUUAGCCUUCCGAGUAGCUGGGAUUACAGGCACAUACCACCAUGCCCAGCUAAUUUAUGUAUUUUUAGUAGAGACAGGGUUUCGCUCUGUUGGCCAGGCUGGUCUCAAACUCCUGACCUCAGGUGAUCUGUCUGUCUCAGCCUCCCAAAGUGCUGGGAUUACAGGCGUGAGCCACCACGCCUGGCCACACAAACACAGUCUUAGUGGUAAAGGACAAUAGGUGUUCUUAAGGGAAGAUAUGUUAAAGAAUUUGACAGUUUACAAAAACAUUUAAAGGAAUCCUUUAGACAUCUCACUACUUUUAAUCUAUUAAGGUCACUAACAGAUCAAGUCCAGUUAUAUAAGCUUCACAUGAAUGGUUCACUUUGUGUUAAUUUUAUAGUAAAUGCAUUUUUUUUCCUGGAAUUAUGAAUGAAAUACCUGAUGCUAGCCCCUUCUAUAACAAGUUUGAAAAUGUUUGGAACACACAAGAAAGCCAGACAAUCCAUCUGUUAUUUUGGUUUUAGUGGUUUAGAUGAUCUUUUUUUCUAGCUACACUGGUUGAGCUAUUUGAAAUGGAAUAGGGUGAUGCAAUUUGAAAAUGGGUCUAGAAAAUAAUAACAGCCCUUGUCCCUCACUCCAGAAUUAACAGCAACAACAACAAACCAUACACAGCACAUUUUCCAGGUACUUUUAUAGGGAAUGGCUGAUAACCAAGAAUAGAAUACAUUUCUUGCACAAAACUGUUAGUUUUGAAGAAGGUGCUGUAAGGGCAUCACUACUUUAUGUCAUUGUAUUAUCACUAAUGAAAUUUUACAUGGACAUGAAUGCCUAGAUGCAGAGAAAAUUAAAGCUGAGAUAUUCGGACUCACUGCCAGUUGGAGGAAAAAAUCAGUUAAAAUGCAGUUUUUGAAAUAGAGGGAAAUGGAUAAAUACAACUUUUUAUUUGAGGCGAAACUGAUAAUAGGCAUGACUGAGCUGUUCUACACAUAAGUAAUGAGUAGAAUAGUGAUGGUGCUGUGUUAAGAGGGUGGGAAGACUAAAGUAUGGGAUGAGUUGGAAAUUUUGAGACACAUCUAAACUCUGCUAAAUUCUAUUGUAAACUCUGCUGGUAGAAAAGACAUUAAAUAGGAAAGCAGACUUGGAAGCAUGGUUUUGAGAUUUAUCCUGUUUCCAACUGCAAUCAUUGAUCUCAGCUGUCUCCUAGUGCCUUGCAUGUAAAGGUGCUCAAUAAAUAUUUGAAUUGAUGAGCAAAUGUUUAGCCUGUUUUCCAGGAUCUUAUAAUUGUACCUUAUUUGCAUGUUCCUCCUAGGGUGAAUUUUAAAAUUUGAUCUAAUGAGUAUAGUGCUUAACAGACAACUAUAUAACAUCUAUUCCCAGACAUCUAGAAUUCCAGAAGCUGACAAACUGUAUAGAUGUUUAGGACAUAUAAAAGCAGAAUAAAGUGUUAAAUGGUGUAUGGAUAAUGAAAUACGAAGAGUUAACUGCAUUUUGGAGGAUUGGGAUGGCAAGUACAGUCGUGUGUCACUGAUGGGGAUAUGUUCUGAGAAAUGCACCUUGGGUGGUUGUGUUCUGCAGACAUCAUAGAGUGUACCGUAGUUACACAAACCCAUUUAAAUGGUGUAGCUUAACCAUACCUAGGCUAUAAGGUACAACCGGUUGCUCCUAGGCUAUAAGUCUGUACAGCAUGUGUUCAUAAUUUAAUGGGAUCAUGUGAUCAUUGACUGAAAUGUCAUUAUACAGUGCGUGACUAAAUCUGAGUGGACAAGAGUGACUAAUUCUGCUGUUCACAUUGGAUCUGGGACUGUUACUUUCUGAGGAAUUCAUGAAGAAUGGGAAUAGCCUAUAGCUUUAUUCCUGUAUUGGUAUAUCAAAGGUAGCAUAGUACCUAUACAAUAAAAGUUGGACUGAAUUGUGAAGAAUUAAAAAUGUGUGGCCCAGACACACUGGCUGGCGCCUGUAAUCCCAACACUUUGGGAGGCCGAGGUGGGCGAAUUAAGAGGUCAGGAGUUCAAGACCAGCCUGGCCAGCAUGGCGAAACCCCUUCUCUACUAAAAAUACAAAAAUUUAGCAGGGCAUGGUGGCACAUACCUUUAAUCCCAGCUAUUCAGGAGGCUGAGGUAGGAGAAGUGCUUGAACCAGGGAGUCAGAGGUUGCAAUGAGCUGAGAUGGCACCACUGCACUCCAGCCUGGCGACAGAGUGAGACUCCAUCUCAAAAACAAAACAACAACAACAAAAAAAAAGUGUGGUUUUGUCCUCUGACUGGAAGUACCCAGAUUCCAGACUUAAGAAAUCCUCAUUACACUGCUUUCAGUUUUUCAUGUAGGUCAUCUUAAGGAAAGUAGGAGUUUGGAUUUGCCUUCCAACUUCAGUUGAGGGUAUUAGGGGAACGUUUUUUGUAAGGGGAUAAACUAUAGUAGCUUUGGAUAAGAAAUGACUGAUGAUACUUGGUAAGCCAUUUACCUGGCCAUGAGUGAUUGAGAAAACCGUUAGUGGACAGCUCUUGUGGGCACAUUUUUACUCUAGUUUCAUGGAUGGAGAUGGCAGUUGCCAUGGUCUGCAGCAUACAAGUAAAGACACCAGGUGGCACCAUUUAUUAGCUUUUACUCCCAUGGAGAGGUCAAAUCAUGUACUAGCAAUGGGUUGAGGGAACCAACGAUCUGUUGCAUAUUGUAGCUAAUGGUUCUGGCCUUUUUCCUCCAGAUUUGGGAAAUACAUUUGAAAAUCACAUUUCAUGUUUCAUAAUAUUUGCAGUGCAUGGUUGAAGGGAAGAAGGCCACAUGCUAUUGUUGGUCUUCCAGAAGCUGACAUCCAUCAUCUCCAUGUCAACUUGUGAGCUUUACAAAUCUCAUUUUUAGUAUGUGGUUACAGUAUACACAAGCACAUACUUGCUUUGCCACUUGGCUGUGCAAGACUCACCAUUGUACACAAGCAGUGAAUUUAGGGGUUCUUCCCUCUUGCUAACACGCGUCAUCUCAGGGCUUCAAAAGAUCUGGAUAGGGUGAGACAGAUACACCAGUGUACUAUUUCCCUUGGGUCCCUUGUCUUUUAUUUAGGCUUUUUCAUGAGGUCUAAUAAUUCCUUAGAGGUUCCUCACUUGUUGACACGUGUUAUCUCCACAGGGUUUCGAAAGAUCUGGGUGGACUGAGACGGAUACACCAGUGUACUAUUUAUUCCCUUGGGGUCCAAGUCUCUGGCUUGAGGUAAUUUGUUAUAGUAGUAAAGUGGAGAAUACUCAGGAAAUAUAUAUUGUAUGUAGCAUUUCCGUGUAUUCCGUCUCCCCCGCCAUGAAUUAGAAAAACUACCCCUCGUUAUAGUAUCAGCAAGCUUGACAGUGACCUCAUCAAGGAAACAGCCUUGGGGAAAAGGAUUCACAACUAAAUUUUGACAGGAAUAAGGAAAAAGAUCUGGAGCAACAAAGUCCUGGUCAGCUUUAGUUGAGGGAGCACAAUGGGAUUUCGGAGGCUAAAAAAACCAUGAAACUUACAGUAUGUCCCAUAGCACAUACACUUGUCUUCUCUCUUACCCCGCACGCCCAAAGCUCUGUUCAAAGGCACCCUUUCCCCUUUCAUUAUGGCCAAUCAGGUUGCGUAGUGCAAAACAUUGUUCUUAGCAAUUGAAUUGCGUUACUCAGAAGAAUCCUUUCCACGUUGAGUCAACGUGCCGCACGGGCUACGAGCAGAAAAUAUUCCAACCGCUUUAAAUCUCGACACUUAGGGUCGCUAGGAGCACAGCUUUUAGGCUGUAGUUCAGUCUUAUUGUGAGCUAGGAGUUUCUGCUACGGGCCCUCGGGCCUAUCAAAUGCCAACCUUAACACCAUGGAGGCGUGGUUAUCGUCUGGGGGCUCUGGGAAGUGCAGUUCUCUGGGGGACAAGGCCUGAUAAUACCAUAAAAGGCUUGGUUCUCUCAAUUCUGAAGCAAUGUUCUGUUGACCUUCCUUUAAAAGCGUACCCACAAUUGUGCGGAUUCCGUGGUUCUCUAGUCCCAAGUCGUCUGCUUCCUGGGUCCUUUCAUUGGCUCCGCCCCGUAAACCUUGCUCGUCUACUCUGGAAACGCCCUCCUGGCUACAGGCCGCGCCCCUCGCGUUGGCUCCGCCCAUCUGGCGCGUAUCUUGGUCCAAGCGGUAGUUCGCGUUUUGAGCCGCUCGUGCCACCAUAGCUCCUGCUGCUGCCUCUACCGCUGCAGCUACCGCGGCGGGGCUGAAAUUGUCGAGCGCGAUGCCCGAGGGCGCUGUGAGCGUGGUGGCCCUCGCUCGCCGGGGCUGGUCAGUGAGAGGGCAUAUUCGGAAGCCCUGUGGAGUGGGAAGACAGUGCCGCUGUUGAGACAAGACUCAGGACUGGGCCAGGGACUGUCCCAAGGGGUUUCUCGUCGUAAUGGCUAUGGAAGGGUCAACCAUUACCAGCCGAAUCAAGAAUCUGCUGAGAUCUCCUUCCAUCAAACUACGCAGGAGUAAGCCAGGAAACCGACGAGAGGACCUCAGCUCCAAGGUGACCUUGGAGAAGGUGCUGGGAAUUACAGUGUCUGGAGGCAGAGGACUUGCCUGUGACCCCCGAUCAGGUUUAGUUGCCUACCCAGCAGGGUGUGUGGUUGUGUUGUUCAAUCCCCGGAAACACAAACAGCACCACAUCCUCAACAGUUCCAGGAAAACCAUCACUGCCCUUGCCUUCUCCCCUGAUGGCAAGUACUUGGUCACUGGAGAGAGUGGGCACAUGCCUGCCGUGCGGGUUUGGGACGUGGCAGAGCGUAGCCAGGUGGCCGAGCUGCAGGAGCACAAGUAUGGUGUGGCUUGUGUGGCUUUCUCUCCUAGCGCCAAGUACAUUGUCUCUGUGGGCUACCAGCAUGACAUGAUCGUCAACGUGUGGGCCUGGAAGAAAAACAUUGUGGUGGCCUCCAACAAGGUGUCCAGUCGGGUGACAGCAGUGUCCUUCUCUGAGGAUUGCAGCUACUUUGUAACUGCAGGCAACCGGCACAUCAAAUUCUGGUAUCUUGAUGACAGCAAGACCUCAAAGGUGAAUGCCACUGUGCCCCUGCUGGGUCGCUCAGGGCUGCUGGGAGAGCUACGGAACAACCUAUUCACUGAUGUGGCCUGCGGCAGAGGGAAGAAGGCGGACAGCACUUUCUGCAUCACGUCCUCAGGGCUGCUGUGCGAGUUCAGUGAUCGGAGGCUUUUGGACAAGUGGGUGGAGCUGAGGAAUACAGACAGCUUCACAACCACAGUGGCCCACUGCAUCUCUGUGAGCCAAGACUACAUCUUCUGUGGCUGUGCUGAUGGCACCGUGCGCCUUUUCAACCCCUCUAACCUGCACUUCCUUACCACCCUGCCCCGACCCCACGCUCUGGGGACAGACAUUGCCAGCAUCACUGAGGCCAGUCGCCUCUUCUCUGGAGUGGCCAAUGCCAAGUAUCCAGACACCAUUGCCUUGACCUUUGAUCCUGCCAAUCAGUGGCUGUCUUGUGUGUACAAUGAUCAUAGCAUUUAUGUUUGGGAUGUGAGGGACCCCAAGAAAGUGGGCAAGGUGUACUCGGCACUGUAUCAUUCUUCCUGCGUCUGGAGCGUGGAGGUCUACCCCGAGGUGAAGGACAGUAACCAGGCCUGCCUGCCCCCCAGUUCCUUUAUUACCUGCUCCUCAGACAACACCAUCCGCCUGUGGAACACAGAGAGCUCUGGGGUGCAUGGCUCCACCCUGCACCGAAACAUCCUCAGCAAUGACCUCAUUAAAAUCAUCUAUGUGGAUGGGAACACCCAGGCCCUGCUGGACACAGAGCUGCCUGGAGGGGAGAAAGCUGAUGCGUCCCUGAUGGAUCCCCGUGUGGGCAUCCGCUCUGUGUGCGUUAGCCCCAAUGGACAGCAUCUAGCAUCUGGGGACCGUAUGGGCACACUUAGGGUGCAUGAACUUCAGUCCCUGAGUGAGAUGCUGAAGGUGGAGGCCCAUGACUCUGAGAUUCUGUGCCUGGAGUAUUCUAAGCCAGACACAGGUCUGAAACUGCUAGCAUCGGCGAGCCGGGACCGGCUGAUCCACGUGCUGGAUGCGGGGCGGGAGUACAGCCUACAGCAGACCCUGGACGAGCACUCAUCCUCCAUCACUGCAGUCAAGUUUGCAGCCAGCGAUGGACAAGUCCGCAUGAUCAGCUGUGGAGCAGACAAGAGCAUCUACUUCCGCACUGCACAGAAGUCUGGAGAUGGAGUGCAGUUCACACGGACACACCACGUGGUGCGGAAGACGACCCUCUAUGACAUGGAUGUGGAGCCCAGCUGGAAGUACACGGCCAUUGGCUGCCAGGACCGAAAUAUUCGGGUAUUUAACAUCAGCAGCGGAAAGCAGAAGAAGCUGUUUAAAGGGUCACAGGGUGAGGACGGCACGCUCAUCAAGGUGCAGACAGACCCCUCAGGGAUCUACAUUGCCACCAGCUGUUCUGACAAGAACCUCUCCAUUUUUGACUUCUCCUCAGGCGAGUGUGUGGCCACCAUGUUUGGGCACUCAGAGAUUGUCACUGGCAUGAAAUUUAGUAAUGAUUGCAAACAUCUCAUCUCUGUGUCUGGGGACAGCUGUAUAUUUGUGUGGCGCCUGAGCUCUGAGAUGACCAUCAGCAUGAGGCAGCGUCUGGCCGAGCUACGCCAGCGUCAGUGGGGCGGCAAGCAGCAAGGACCAUCCUCUCCCCAAAGGGCUUCUGGACCCCACCGGCACCAGGCCCCAUCAAUGGUCUCUCCUGGACCGGCUCUCUCAUCAGACAGUGACAAGGAGGGAGAAGAUGAGGGGACUGAAGAAGAGCUUCCAGCACUGCCUAUCCUCGCCAAGAGUACCAAGAAGGAGCUGGCCUCAGUCCCCAACCCAGCGUUGCCCCGAAGCCUGUCCCACUGGGAGAUGAGUCGGGCACAGGAGACCAUGGGGUUCCUGGACCCAGCUCCUGCAGCCAACCCAGGACCCAAAAGAAGGGGGCGCUGGGCUCAGCCUGGUGUGGAGCUGAGUGUCCGAUCCAUGCUAGACCUGCGGCAGCUGGAAACACUGGCCCCAAGCCCACGGGGCCCUCGCCAGGACUCGCUGGCCAUGAUCCCAUCUGGUCCUGGGAAGCACGGGAAGCAGGCCCUUGACACUUCACUCAAUAGCCAGUUAUUGUCACAAGAGGAAGGGGUCUUUCCUCAAGAUCUGGAACCUGCACCUGUUGAAGACGAUAUUGUCUACCCGGAGCCGAGUGACAGCCCCACCAUGGAUGCCAGUGAGUUCCAGGUGCAGGCUCCAGCCCAGGGAACUCUGGGAAGAGUGUACCCAGGCAGCAGGAGCUCAGAAAAGCACAGUCCCGACAGUGCCUGCUCUGUGGAUUACAGCAGCAGCUGCCUUUCCAGCCCCGAGCACCCCACUGAAGACUCUGAGAGCACGGAGCCCCUCAGUGUGGAUGGCAUCUCUUCAGACCUUGAAGAGCCAGCUGAGGGUGAUGAAGAAGAGGAGGAAGAGGAGGGAGGCACGGCCUCCUAUGUGCUGCAGGAGGGAAGCCCCCGGACCCCAGACCAGGAGCAGUUUCUGAAACAGCACUUUGAGACUCUGGCCAAUGGAGCUGCUCCAGGGGCCCCAGUGCAGGUGCCAGAGAGGUCAGAGUCUCGGAGCAUCUCUUCACGAUUCCUGUUAAAAGUACAGACCCGCCCACUCAGGGAACCAUCCCCAUCCUCCUCAAGCCUGGCACUGAUGUCGAGACCAGCCCAGGUGCCACAGGCAUCUGGUGAACAGCCAAGAGGCAAUGGUGCUAGUCCCCCCGGAGCACCCCCAGAGGCAGACCUGUCCUCUGGCAACCCCAGCCCCCAGCAGGCAGCCAUUGUGCUGUUGCCACGGUGCCGUCUCAACCCUGACAGCAGCUGGGCUCCCAAGAGAGUGGCCACAGCCAGCCCCUUACCUGGACUCCAGAAAGCCCAGUCUGUGCAUAGUCUGGUGCCACAGGAAAGAGAUGAGGCCGGUCUACAGGCCCCUUCACCAGGCCUAUUGCUCUCUCGGGAGAUCAAAGCUCAGGAUGGUCUGGGCUCCCUGCCCCUGGCUGAUGGCCAUCUAUCUCGGCCCCACUCUUAUCAGAACCCCACCACCAGUUCCAUGGCCAAGAUAUCCCGUAGUAUCUCUCUUGGGGAGAACCUGAGCCUGGUCGCUGAACCUCAAGCUCCUGCCCCUAUCCGAGUCUCACCACUCAGCAAGCUGGCCCUGCCCAGCCGGGCUCACCUGGUUUUGGACAUCCCCAAACCACUGCCUGACCGUCCUACCGUGGCUACAUUCUCGCCUGUAACCAAAGGCCGGGCCCCUGGCGAGGCAGAACAGCCUGGCUUCCCAGUGGGCUUAGGAAAAGCUCACAGUACGACUGAGAGAUGGGCCUGUUUUGGGGAGGGCACAACUCCCAAGCCCAGGACAGACUGCCAGGCUCAUCCUGGGCCCAGCAACCCCUGUGCCCAGCAACUGCCAGUCAGCAGCCUCCUCCGAGGCCCUGAAAACUUGCAGCCCCCACCCCCUGAGAAGACUCUCAACCCCAUGGACUGCGCCAAGCCAGGGGCAGCCCUGAGCCAGGACUCAGAACCAGUGGUGAGCCUGGAGCAGUGUGAACAGCUGGUGGAAGAGCUCCGCGGCAGCGUGCACCAGGCCGUGCGGCUCUACCACUUGGUGGCUGGCUGCAAGAUGCCCUCAGCAGAGCAAAGUCGGAUCGCCCAGCUCCUCAGAGACACCUUCUCUUCAGUGCGACAGGAGCUGGAAGCCCUGGCUGGGGUAGCACUGUCCAGCCCAGGCAGCAGCCCUGGGGCUGUGGGAGCUGAGCAGACACAGGCCCUGCUGGAGCAAUACUCAGAACUGUUGCUUCGAGCCGUGGAGCGGCGCAUGGAACGCAGACUCUGAGUUCCAGAAGCCUGCCCCAAGUGAAUGAAUGCCCCAGCCAUUCCAAACUGCAGACCCUCUGCCACUCACCAAAACCUGUGGGGCUGCUUGGAGUGGAAAGCAGGGAGCAGUGAUGAGAGGCGAAGCAGCCUUCCCAGCCACUCCUCGUGGGGUGCCUGUAUUUAUUAAUUUAUUUCCCUGACUGUUGCCUCACUUCCUUGGAACUCCUGCCUCCACAGCCCCUCCAGUGGCAGGGACGGGUCUUGGGUCUUUGUCAUCUUGGUGCUGUGAGGGGUAAGAGGGCAGCCUGCCCCAUCUAGGAAUCUGGGAAGGGCUGGCCCUCUCUUAGAAGCCAUUUGAAAUUACUGCAGGGAUUAGCUCCCUGGGGUGGAGCAUACACAGGGUACUCUGGGGUCAAGGUCACAGGUCAUGUGGUAUUCAGUGCCCUUCAGCCAACUGGGAGCCUUCACCUCUACCUCCACUUCCCCUCUCACACCAGCUGCACUCCUCUGGCUGCCAGAGCAGGGUGGUUUUCCCCAAUACCUGGCAGCUCAGAAAGGCAGAGCCAUCUGGCCUUCCAGGGUGUCCCCAGCUACCAGGAGACUUGAGUUGGUAUUAGAACCUGAGCCCCUACAUUCCAUUCCCAAUUCUCCCUCCAAGAGGGGCCCAGCAUUGUCUCUCCCUGUGACCCCUUUCUCUCCUGGCCAGAACUUGAUCCAGCUGUGAGACAUUGCUGCAGGACAGUAAGCCCUCAGCUGGGCAAACAUGAAGCUCUGGCCUCCUUUCCUCAGCCCCUUGUCCUUACCUGUCCUCCAGCCCUGGACCCCAGCCACCUGCUGGAGCCCAGAGGUCACCUUCUCCCUGCAUCCUGAGUGAUGCUCAGUCAGAAGCCUGUGUUGGAAUGUCCCUUGUUUACAGGGCACUGGCCCACCUCCUGAGGACCUCGGCCACAGAUGAGAUCACAUCAUGCACACACACACACACACACACACACCUGUACAGCAUGCAGAUGAGAUCACAUGCAUGCACACACACACACACACACACCUGCACAGCAUGCAGAUGAGAUCACAUGCAUGCAUACAAACACACACGCGAGUGCAGUUGAGUGUUGGUUGCUAGAGCAUCUGGCUGGCUGCUGUGUGCCUGGUUUCCUCACAUCCUGCCUCAGCCUCACCACCCUGGCUUAUGGGGAACACAUAUCAGGGGGCAGAAAACAGGGUGGAACACACUGAGUGAGCCCAGAUUCUGGAUUCUUGGUGUUCACAGCCUAGUUGAUAGGAGAUAGCCCAUAGGACACCUGGUUUAGGUAGAGGGAGGCUCCUCAAAGGCAGUGCUGGGCACCCACGGGUGUGCUGGAUACUGGAGUUUGAGUUGAGGGAGGUGCAGGGGCCAAAGGAGACACUGGAAAAGUGGUAGGUGGGAGAGGUAAGUGGCAGAGGUGAGGGGAUAGGUUAGAAUUUAAAAGGACAGUAGUUAGGGGUGAAAGGAAGGAAAUAGGGCACUGUAGGAGGUAGAGUAGGACCAAGUCAGGCAGUUGAAGAGGUGAGGAAGGAGUCUUUCGGCCCUACUGCUUCCCCCUGCUCCAGGUAAGUCAGGACAGCUUUACCACAGCUCCAGGCCACUACAGCCCCUUCACCUGCGCUGCUGCGCCAUAGGCAGAAGCUUAUAAAGAAGUGGGUUCCGAAGGGUGCCCAGCUGCGGGGCAUCAGCCUGAAUGCAUCUGAGCGGCUCCAAAACUGGCCCUCCCCCACUCCUCUACCACCUUGUGGCCCGGGAACAGCCGCAACUGGCGGCGGGCCCGUACCCGCUGCGCCCCCACCCCGCACACUAGCCGCAGCCCACCGCAGGUGGGACUCAGGUUCGCUUUCUGGGCCAGGUACUCCUCGAGGAGGGAGCUACCCUCCGCCUGAGGUUUGUGGGAACGUGGGCGCCCUUUUCCUGCCCUCUGAUCCUUGUGGGUGAGUGGGGGGGGCCUCGUGGCCCGGCUGGCGCCCCGUCCCUUUCUGCAUGUCUGAGGCCACCGGCCGCCCCACUCCAGAGUCGUCCCUGCCGUUUUAAAAAUCCCUUAUUUAUAACUUUUCUACUUUGUCCAAGUCGCGGCGCUUCCCGCCUCCUAUCCGGCUGCUCGGGGCGGCGGCUGUUUUUAACGUGCCCGUUUGUAUUUAUGUAUGAACUUGUCAAUAAACACAAUCGUUUGCUAA